UAUUAGGCAUGUGAAUCAGGAAAUGCACUCCUGUCUCUCUCUUUCACGUUCCCUCUCACUCACUUUCAGUCCAUGUUACCUUUUCCCACUGUAGACCGCUCGAAAAUUAUGGGACUAAGCACCCCAACAUAUUCUUCUUUAUUUGCAAUUGUGUUUUGUGCUUACCUACUUGUUACGUCGGUUUUGGUUAUUUGGGUAUUGAUUCUUCAGGUUUUUCACCACGAUCAACCCAUUGCCUUUGCUUCCUACUAUGGCAAUCACAUGGUGCUGCAGAAGUCUCCGGAGAGAGCCAUUCUGUGGGGUUACGGCAGGCCUGAAGGUGCCCAGGUCACAGUCUACUUGUCAGGACCGAUGAAAUACAACAGCUCACCAGUCACUGUGCAGAAUGGCAUCUGGCGAGUCGCCCUGGAUCCUAUCGAGGCCGGCGGUCCCUACAACGUGACUGCAACACUUCAGAACAGUUCGGCUACUCUGAUGGAUGUGCUGUUUGGCGACGUUUGGCUUUGUAGUGGCCAGAGCAACAUGUACUUUGAGAUGUCUAAGAUUUUCAAUGCAUCCAAGGAACUCGCUCUUGCGUCCAAGUACCCUCACGUGAGACCUUUUAUGGUUGCUUUGAAGAUGAGUGACACAGAGUUGACUGAUCUGAUUGGAGUAACGCUCCCAUGGUUUGUGCCUGAAGCAAGUGGUCUGUCUCAGUUCUCUGCAGUGUGUUGGCUCUUUGGACGCUACAUGUACAAGCACCUGAAUUACCCGAUAGGACUGGUGGAGACCAGUUGGGGGGGCACACCCGUCGAAGCUUGGUCAUCUUUACGUGCGCUUCAGAAAUGUGGACUGGACCAAAAUGAAAAGUAUAGUAGUUCACAGACUGACAACUCUGUCCUGUGGAAUGCGAUGAUCCACCCACUGCUUAACAUGACAAUCAAAGGAGCCCUCUGGUACCAAGGUGAAAGAAAUUCAAAUUAUCAUCAAAACGAAUACAACUGUUCGUUCCCUGCCAUGAUUGAUGACUGGAGGAUGGCAUUUCACCUAGGCUCAGGUGGGCAGACUGCCAUGGACUUUCCCUUUGGAUUUGUACAGCUGUCCACCGACAAAAAAGGCUCCACGGAUGACGGCUUUCCAAACAUCCGCUGGCACCAGACGGCUGACAAAGGCUUUGUCCCAAACUCUCGUCUGCAAAGGACCUUCAUGGCUGUGGCUUUGGAUUUGCCGGAUGAAACCUCCCCGUAUGGCACAAUCCACCCUCGUGAUAAGCAAGACGUAGCAUACAGACUGACACUCGGUGCACGAGCGGUGGCCUACAAUGAAAAGGAUGUGGUCUUCCUUGGACCUUUCCCGAAAAAAAUACUGUCCACUCCGAUGUAUGUCAACAUUACCUACGACCAGGCAGUCGCUGUCAAGUCAUCAAAAGACAUCUUCGAGAUUUGCUGCUCACAGUCACAGGGCCCAUGUGGGCCCAAGUCUCAGUGGGUUCCGGCUCCCAUCGUCCAAUGGUCUUCCACCAGUAUCCAGAUAGCAGCCAAUGUCUGCGAUGUAGCAGCACUACGAUAUGCGUGGAAAGACUGGCCAUGUGAUUUCAAAGCAUGUCCCGUUUACGGCGCAAAAACUGCAUUACCUGCGCCCCCUUUCAUUUUUGAUUGCAAUCAAGUUAAUACCUCUGGCUCAACAGAUAACAAGCAAUCUUUUUGGAAAGAUUUUUUAUAAACCUCUAUAAAUUAGCUGCGGAGGUGCACGAUGUACUAUGCAUAAAAUUCUAAUUACGUUUUAAAAAACACUGUCAAUGACUGCUAUGAUCCUAAAACUGCAUAAGGUCCAUGUUUUAUUUUAAACGAACACUUUACCACACAAAUCACUGUCAUUUGCACAAUUUGAACAAAUAAAAAGGUCAAUAUUGA